CGUAUAAUUCCACGUUAUUUUUCCGCCUCGAAUGUUGCGAUUCAUGCCAGUUGCAGCCGCGCAUGUACGAUAUGUACCUAUAAUUUUAUAAGAACCAGUGGGUGAAUGAGACUUGGGAGAGUAUCAGUUAAAGGAAUAUAAUUCUACUCGAGAUCCUGAAUAAUCUUUCGCGAAAUGGCAUUUUCGAAUACAAAAAGCGACACGCCAUGCAAGGGUCUCUAGAUGAGCCCAACGUGCUCUGCUUGCCCAGCCCGGCCGCAGAUAGAUCAACAGAAGAACCGCCAAAUCGGCAGCACCAAUGGGAUCACGAUGCUGUGCCGUUUCUUUCGAAGCCUCGUUCGUCUCGAAUGAGUCAUCUGGCCGGUGAGGGGAGAGAGAGUUUGCUCAACAUACUGACGAGAGUCAUCAGGGUGCGACACGGUAAAAGAGGCUUUGCUUACCGUAAGAUACGGCCCACAAUGGCAUCGGAGAGAGAUGACGCUAGGGAUCUGAGCGACGUUAUUCUACAGGAUAAUUCAGACACCGAGACGCAGUGCAAACGCAAAUUAAGUAAAAAGCCAAAGAGAAUACUGCAGUUUUCGGAUGGAGUAAUGGAGGAAUAUUCGUCAGAAGAUGAAGUUGACGCGCCAAAGAAUAAAAUUGUGUCACAGAUAGAUACUAAAAAUAUGAAUUGGUUACCAUGGGCAUGGUACCAAACCACAUGGUUGAGCUCUAAAAUGUUGGAUGGUUGCGAUUACGUUGGCGAAUGCUUGGCCAAUUUCUUUGGCAUAACAGCGCCCAAGUAUCAGUUCGAGAUCAAUGAGUUUUAUAGGCUACAAGCACUCGAAAAAGAAAUGUUCCACAAACAAGAUUUGGAGAUGGGUGGAUGGAACGAACAAAAUAGGAACAAUCUCAUAAAUAGCGAUAGUUCAUUGACAAAUGAAUGUAAGUAAUGGUGUAAAGUGUGGAGAUUUAAUACUGAUGAAACAUGUUACAUAUAACAAAUUCUGUUUUAUAAUGCAUUUAAAAUAUAAGCAAACAUACAUUUAAU